AACUGGAUCUCUAAAAUACACUUGUGUAAUUACUACGCAUAUAACAUGUAAAUUACUAUAACAAUUUUUUAUUCGACAAAAAAUCUCCCGCCAAAUGAUUCAAAUCUUUUCACAUUAAUAUAAUAAAAUCUAAGAGAGAAACUAUUACUGUAUUAUUAAUAAUUUAUAAAAAUGAGAACAAAAUAUUUAUCAAGAAGAAACAUGAUAUAAUUAUUAAAGAAUAUUAAUAUUACAAAAAUAAGGUAAAGUGAUAUGACUCGUGUAGUCUUAUCUUAUUUUAAACGGAGAUAAAAAAUAUGAAUUGAAAAUUGGAACAUCGUGAAGUGUUUCAAAAGUAACAUAAAGAAUUUAACAAUUCUUAAUUAUUAAUUUGGAGACAUAUUAAUUAUUUUAGAGAAAUUAAUAAUUUAUUUUGGUACACAAAAAAUGAACGAUUCUAAUCAAGAAUACAUUGCAUCAAUUCCGCAUAAGAAUGAAUUAUGUUGUAUUAUUUGUGAAAUUGAUUUUGUUAAAAUUCGGGACUUACCAAUAAAAUCGAACUAUCAUUGGCAAAUAUUAAAAUGCCGGUAAAAAUGACGAUAUUUUGUUAAAUUACCUGUAAUACCAAUAAUUCUUUUACAAAAAUUUUGAUGUACUUUUUAUUAUAUAUAACGAUGUUUAUUACAUUAUAUUUAAAUUUUUAUGAACGUAUGUGUAUUUAUAUUGUAGAAUGAUAAUUCAAAUUAUUCAGGAAGUAAUAGCAUCACCAAUAUUAGGAACACCUGGUUUAAUAUAUGUUAUUGCUGCUAAGGAAUUCAUUGAAAGCAGCAAACUAAAAACGAAUUUAAAACGUUUGGAUAUUUUAGUAAAUCCUCUAUUUCUACAUUUAACUAUAUUUUAUUUUAAUAAUUAAUAUUUCAAUUUUUUAAUAGUUAUAAUGUUUUAAAUAACUAUAUCAUUUUAAUUUAAUUUUUUUUGCAAGUAUGUGAAGUCACAAGAAGUUUCAAUAGAUAUAUAUGUAAAGUGCCUUAAUUAUACAAUGCAAUGUAAAAUAGCACCAUUGUGGAACAAAGUUGGGCAGUAUUAUGUUCAUGAAAUGAAAUUUUAUAUAAUAACCAAAGAGUUUGAUGCAUUAAAAGUAAAAGUUACUAUAAAUGGUACUGUGCUUUAGUAUAUGAUAUAUUCUGCUUAUAAAUGAUAUUAUACUUAAAUAGAAAAAAAUUUUAGAUAAGAAUACACAAUUAUACUUCUAUCCAAUAAAGAUCAAAAUACCAUUUAUACAAUUGGAAGAUUUAGGCUUAUUAGAUUCAUUGAUAAAAAAAUUUCAAGCAGAUGAUAAUGGUAUUAUUGAUUUAAGUAAAUAUUGCCAGUCUGUACACAUUUUGCCUAGGUAUACAUUUAUUAUAUUGAAAAUAUUUGGUUUUUACAUAUAAAUGAUAUAUUUUGUAAAUAUAAUUAAUAAUCUCUAUUAGUAUGAGAACAGCAAGACUGGUGUCUAUAUCUAAAAAAAUUCCUUCUAAAUAUCCAUUUGCAAAUUAUGAUGAACUACGUAAAUAUUGGAUAGAUAUGAAUGGCUAUUAUUUACCAACUACAGAAGAUGGUAUUAUAUAUUAUGAAGUUAUAUUUCAUUCAUCUGAAGCUAACAGUUUUAUAUAUCCCAGUGUAUGUGUAAUAAAAGGACCUAUUCAAUAUAUCCCUUGUAAAGAUGCAAAUAAUAUAAUUUUACAAUUUAUUAAUGAUUUAUAUAAUACAUUGAACAAAGUAUGUGAUAAACAGUUGUAUAUAUACAAUAAUAAUAGAGAAAUGGAUCAUCAAUUUAAAUCAUCAGACAAGCAGAAUAUAAGUAAAGUGAAUAUUCCAAACCAUAAUUAUUCACUAUUACCAAGGAAUAAAGAAUUAACUGAUAAUAAUGUUAUCAAUAACAUGAUUGAUAAUAUGGAUAAUAUGAUUGAUAAAGAUUUUAAUCAACAAUUAGAGCCUACAACUAGAUAUGGAUAUAAUACUUUAAUAAACUUCAGCAAAUCUCAUAAAACCACAACAUCAUUAAAUGUUAAAGAAUCAAAUGAUAGAGAAAAUUAUGUUUAUAAUUUAGAAAUGUCUAAACAAGUCAUGAAAUUUAAAAGAAAUAAACAAAUAAGUCAACCUUUUUUAAAUACUUCUCUAACAAUAAAAAAUGAAACUCAAAAUGACGAAAACGAAAUACGAAUAGUAGAUGAGAAUACUUCUACAUUUUUUAAAGAAAUAAACUUAUUGUUAGAUCAGAAUAUGUUUUACAAGUCUCAAAUGAAAAACAAUACAUUUGCUAAUGCAACAUUAAAACAAAAACUAUCAAAUGCAAUGUGUACUACCAAAUUUGGAAGAACUAUUGAUAUAGAAACAUUAGCAAAAGAUAAUAAGUUAGGUGAAGUAUCAAAUGUUAUUUUAAGCAAUUGGUUGUAUAAACACCUAAUUCCACAUAAUAGCCAAGCAAAAAAGGCUGACUUAAUUGAAAAAGUAUUAGCACAAAUAAGAAGUAUGAAAAAAAAAAUAUAAUUUAUAACAAAAAAUAUAUAGAUUUUUUUUUCUCUGUAAAAGGGUUUAAUUUAACAAUAACAACAUUUUAUUUUGACUCAAUACCACUGUAAGUGGUUUUUAUUCAUACAUUAAUAAAUAAAGAUAAAAACUACGUUCUUCCCACAAAUGUUGUUAAUAUUAAUUUACAUCUACAUUACUAUAAUUAGUUGGCAAAAAGAGAUCUGUUACUCUUAAUAGUUUGAAUAUCAGUCAAUUUAACUAAUUUAUAAAAAGAAAACAAUGAAUAAUUAAAUUCAUAUUCAAUAGGCAUUUUCAAUCAAUAUGCUAUUAAUACCUAUUUGUUUUUUUUUUUUUUUUAGUUUUUCAUAAUAUAACAUAAUUGAACACAAUCAUCAAUUCAAUUAAAAUGAAAGCAUUUAUUUUAUGAAAUUUUAACAGAAAUAAAAUUUUUUUUUUGUGGAUAUAGAAAAUCGUAUAUUAAACUUAAAUCAAGAUUUACACAGAUAAAAGAUAAAAAAAAAACGAAGAUUCGGUACAAAAAUUCAUGAUUUUGGUCAUUAAUUCAAUAAUUAAUAUUAAUGAUAAAUAUUUAUAAAGAAUUUUUAUAAAAACAUUUAUAAAGAACAUUUAUCAUUAUUAUUAAUUAUUUUGUGUGCGUGUGUGUGUAUGUGUGUGUAUUAAUAUAAUGAAUUUUAUAUAGAUACAUAUAUCGUUGGAAAUACUAAACACUUUUUUACGUUAGUGGCAAAUAAUCGAAACUGUAUAAAUUGUUUCAAUAUCCUUAAAUUAAUAUUAUUACACUAAUUUAUUCGGCAUACGUGUGUUUCGCUUAUAUAUCUAAUGUUAUAAAUUUCAAUUUAAGUAAUACGCACCAUCGUCAGGAAAUUUACCAUAUGGGACGCAAUCAGAGUUUAGAUUAUAAGUUGUUAGAGUUAUAAUUUUGACAUUAUUUUUCCAUUCAAAAUUAUAUCGCUUGAAUGGAAAUUAUGUGCACUACAUAUUGUCUUAGGUCCCUCGUUCCUCAAUCAAUUUAUAUAUACAAAAUUUCAGCACACAAUGCUAUUUCAACUAGAUUUUAACAUCAAUACAUGCUUAGGCGUGUGAGGCACAAAAGCUGUAU